AACCUCUAUUUCCUUUCGCUCUCUUUCUCUCACUUAUACUUCUUCCUUGCUUUCUUCCUUCUGUUUCUGUUUUCAAACCCCGCAAACAAACCCAGAAAACCCAAAAAAUAUGGACCCCAGUUAUCAUGGCUUACCUCCCCUCAAGCGAUUCAGACUCAUCCAGCAGCAACAAGAGCUCCAGAAUCAUCAGCCACAUCACACUCACAAUCACAGAUCGCAGGAUGAAGCCACCGGCGUUUCCUGCUCAACCUUACCGGCAAAGAAGCGUAAGGAAUCGCGAGAUUCAACAUUUCUUUCAGUCUCUGUCAAUGCUUAUUCGUUACCAGCUAAGAAACGGGUAUGGGCUCUUCAACCUGAUUUUGCUUCCGAUGUUGGUGUUUCUUCUAUUGACCUCAAUGUUGAAUACAAACCAUCGGUUGAGGAAGAAGUAAGAUCAGUAGAUGAUAAGGCCAAUGAUGCUGAGAUUCCAUUAGCAGCGAAUUCACUCGAUGUUGAAAAUGAAAAUGAAAAUGUCAAAGAUGUUGUUGAGGAUGACGAAGAUGGGAUUGUGUGUGCUGUAUGUCAAAGCACAGAUGGGGAUCCAGCAGAUCCAAUCGUUCUCUGUGAUGGGUGUGAUCUAAUGGUUCACGCCUCCUGCUAUGGCAAUCCACUUGUAAAGGGUAUACCAGAAGGCGAUUGGUUCUGUGAAAAAUGCAGGGUUUCAUCGUCUUCUCAAUCUAAGAAUGAUGAUGAAAGCAACAUUUCUUGUUGCCUCUGUCCUACAAAGGAAGGGGCUAUGAAGCCCACUGUAGAUGAACGGUGGGCCCAUCUUGUGUGUGCACUUUUAGUCCCUGAGGUGUUUUUUAGGGACCCAGAAGGAAGAGAGGGAAUUGAUUGCUCAAAGGUUCCGAAGAAGAGAUGGUCUGAGAAGUGUUAUAUUUGUGAAUCUUCAAAUGGAUGUUCCAUUUUGUGUUCUGAGGUCAAGUGUCCUUUGGCAUUUCAUGUCACUUGUGGGUUGAAAGAGGAUCUUAGCAUUGAGUAUCGAGAAGGGAAGAAAAGUGCUACCAUUGUUGCUGGUUUCUGCAAAAGCCACACUGAACUAUGGAAAAAGCAACAGCUAUCUGGGAAAUACAAAAUCGUUGCUGAAGAAAAAAAGUAGUCUCAUGCUACUAACGUACAAGUCUCAUGGUACAGUACCAAUUUGAAUGGUGCUUGUUGGUGUCGACAAAACUUGACUGUUCUUUCUUUUAGUUAGUCUUUUGACACUUAAUUUCAUGUUUGAGCACUUCAGAUUUCAUUUGCUCUUGUAGUUCCUCUGCAGUGACUUGGUGAAGAGAUAGAAAAUGAGACUUAUUUGACAUGUAAGUUUUACCAAUCUGUUUCCUUUUAAUGGGACUGUGGUUAUUAGAUGGAGUCUUGAGCUGUUGAAUAAAGCCCGGCUUGUAGCGGGACGUUGAAAUCAAUGUAACUGUUUUAUUUGAA